AUGAAGAAAACGAGUAUGAUCAAGCGUCGAUGGAAUCCUGAAGAGGACGAGCUAUUGCAUAAGCUAGUAAAGGAACAUGGAGCAGAGAACUGGUCUCUUAUUAGCCAAUUGAUUUCGAGUAGAUCUGGAAAAUCAUGUAGGUUCUGGUGGUGUAAUCAGUUUAAUCCUCAAGUGGAGCAUCGACCUUUUACUCUUGAAGAAGAUAAUACUAUUAUCAGAGCUCAUGCCAAAUUGGGUAACCGAUGGGCUAAGAUAGCCCAUUUGUUACCAGGUCGAACAGAUAAUGCAAUAAAAAAUCAUUGGAAUACCACCCUUAAACGGAAGCGCCCUUCGAUGUCAGGAGAUUUGACAUUGGAAAAUCCUCAACCUCCGUUGAAGAAAUCAUUCAGUAUCGAGGCGGGUAAAAAUUCAGGUAGUCUAUAUAGAUCUGAUCUGAUCAAUUUGGGCUUUGAUAGGUUCCCUCAGUUGUGUCUAUAUCCGCACAUUACCCCACCGAAUUGA